AUGGAGGCAAAGAGAGACAGAUCGGAGAAACACAACAGUGAUACCCACCGCCUCAUCCGUUUAACAAACAUACCAGUUGAUCUAGAUUCAUCGGCGAACCCUUGCUUUUCCAUCAAAGACAUACUCAGUUCUUUAACUCGGUCGUUCUACACUCACACCGCCCCCACCAUAACGACCGUCGCCGUCGGCAUCAACGCUUUUGGGUAUAGGCUAUUUCAGGUACAAAGAAAACGGAUUACGCCUGCGAUACCCAUGAGCAAUUCUAUUUGCUACUCUAGGACCCAGUUGAGUACGACAUCUGAAGGCUCGAAGACAAACCGUUGUUUCCUUCCGCAGAGCGAAGAAAGGGAGCUGUAGAGUACCCAUUUGCAGAAGAGAUUGACACACAUGAUUUGAAAAAGGAAGGUAUCUGGUGUAAUUUUUUAUCUUAUUCCUUCUCAGACUAUUGGGCAACAAAAAAGGGAGCCCAAAGAAAAUCGGUUCUUUUCUUUUUGUUCUUUUGCUGCUUAAUUCUCAAUUGGGGACCAAUAUUUUGUUGGGUUGGUUCUUACUUUAUUUACACAUAGGUUGAAUCUAUGGUUUUAGUGUUUUCUGUGUUCUUUACACUUACUUUUUGCCUGA